GAGAAACAGAAAGUAUAAAUUCAGUCUUCAUCCACAGUUCAGAUGAGACAGAGAUUGUUUUAAAGGUCCAUAGUUGUUAUUUUCUAUUAUUGUUUAAAGAUUUGUGGUUUUGUUAUGGGGCGUAGAAAAAACAAGAAAAGACAAAUUAUUGAUCAACCAGAUUCUAUAGACAACAGAUAUCAUGGCUUAAGGAAUCAGGGGGCAACUUGUUACCUGAACAGUGUUCUGCAGGUUCUGUUCAUGACCAAAGACUUCAGGAAAGCUGUCAUCAGUUCCUCUGAGCCUGACAUGAUUGAUCAUCAUCUCACCUCCUUGUUUGAGAACUUACAAAAUAAUUCAGCAAACACCUAUGCCAUAACGAAACAACUGGGCAUUACCCGAGUUCAUGAACAACAGGAUGCUGCUGAGUGUCUUGAAAAAAUUUUACAUUGCACCAGUUUCAAAGCGUCUCAGAUAUUCAAAGGAGAGCUGACUCACAGGAGCACCUGCUCCAAAUGCAGAAGAGUUUCUGAGGACAGCAGCCUGUUCUGGAGUUUACCGCUCACUCUGAUGGAUCCAGAAAAACACGACUAUUCUGUGACGGAGGGGAUCAAAAGUUUCCUUGGAGAGUCCAGCAUCAGUGGAGAUGACCUGAUUUAUUGUGAGCAGUGCAACGCUAAAACUGAUUCUACCAGCAAAUGUGAGCUGAAGCGUCAUCCUCAAGUUUUGACGCUGCUGCUGAAGAGAUUCAAGUUUGACUGCAGUACCAUGCAGUAUGUGAAACUCAAACGCAGAGUGCAGAUUCCUCUCAUCCUGCAGGUACCUCGCCAUGGAGAUCAGAGUCAGGGGUAUGAGCUGUAUGCUUUGGUGGAGCACUCUGGAGAGCUGAGACAUGGACAUUACACCGCAACCAUCAGGGCCCAGGAUGAUAACAGAUGGUACCACUUCAAUGACAUUUCAGUAACAGCGGCACUACAGCAAAAAAACAUUCAGGAUGACAUUAACUCCCAGACCGCUUAUCUGCUGUUUUACAGGAAAACUGAAGACACUACAACAGUAGACACCUCUGAAAUGUCCAAACCUGAAGCUGAAGACAAACCCUGUCGUGACCAGGAUGUUAAGUCCAGCAACAACCAGGAGACGACAAUGAGAAGAACCACUGAUAACAGGAAUGCACCUGAUAAUGACAGAACAAAGAGCCCAAAAAAAUCGAAACGGGGGAAACGAUCUGGAGCAAAGGACAAUGAUUUAGAACCUGCUUCUCCAAAAGUUAUAAAGAUAGAAAAAGCUCAAACAGGGUCAAACUUUGACCACAAACAAAUAGUUUUUGAUAAAAAAGAUGAAAAAGAAAAACCUGAUCAGGGCCUGGAGUGCAACAACUGUGAACUGUCUAGUUCUCCUGCAGAACAGAUGGAAGAAAACAGAAAAAGAGGUGAAGAACAAAAAAUAACAAAAAGAGAGUCGGCAGGUCUUCAUAGUGAGGGGGAAGGGGACACGGCUGAGAAGAAUCCAAACACAGGAGAGAACCUCCAGCCUAAAGAAGCACAGGUGCCCAUUGAAAAUGAGGUGAAAGAGAAAGAAAAGAGUAAAGAAGAUGAACGAGAUCACUUGUUUUUAGAAAGAAGUGACAUGUCUACUUUUAAAGACUCCACACCUACCCACAGCAGUGACGUAAAAGCCAGUGUCCCAAAAGAUAAUGAGGAGGCCUCACCUGAGGAGCAGUGCGGGGCAGACCCACAGAAAAUGGAUGAGAAGAGUGAGGAGGAACUGAGACUAGACGAAAAGAUGACAGAAAGAAGCAAAGGCCCAUACGAAGGGAGUGAUAGAACCAUCGGAUCAGAUCAGAUCAGUAAAAUAGAAGAUCCAGGUAAAGCCACUCUAAACGAUCUUAGUUCAGACAGAGCAGAAGAACGUACGGAACAAGAAAAGGAUGCAUUCAAGACUGAAGAUGAAGCUUCUGCUUCUAUCCAAGUGACUCCAGACGUGGAUGUUUUAGCUGCUAAUUUGACUAAACUCAGUCUGGAAUCACCAGAACCCCCAGGACAAAGUGCCAAUGACCUCAGAGGAAAACUACAGAGUAGCACAGAAACUCAGAGCUUUGAUGAGAAGAACGAUGGGGCUUUGAAAAAAUCAGAAGCUCUAAACUCAGGGAAAAGAAAAGGAUCAAUGAAAAAAGACAAAAAAGGAAAAUAUAAACAAAAGCAUGUGAUCUUUCAAAGGGGUCUUGUUACCACAAGAUGAAGAUAAGUAAAAUUUUUCAUGUCAACAUGACUCUUAUUGUUGUCCACAAACCACUUUUUUUUUAAAUCAUGUCAAUCAAUUUUUGUGUUAUAUCAUCCCUGGACGUACUUGUUGUAAUUUGAAAUGUUUAUUUAUUUCAAUAACUAAAUCAAAACUUUGAUUGAAUUUAUCUGUAUAAAAAUAUGUGUAUUAAAGUACAUUAGGUUUUUUUGUUCUGCCAUGAUAUUACAUUGCUAAAAUGAUGCAUUCUUUUCUGAUUGAUCCUUUGUAAUAAAAACUAAUAUUGAUACCAAA